AUGCCAUCCAAGAAAGAUCGCCUGUACGUUGCUCUCUAUGUCCGUGGAGGCAAGGCUAGGAUGCCGGGGAAGGAGGACACCUACCACUGGGCUUUACACAUCGGACCCAAAGAUCCCAACUCACCGAGUCUAGGAGUCCGCUAUCAUGCUAAAGAGCGACUCACUGUGGAAGGGAAGUCCGAGUUCAUCUUCGAAGAGAGCGAGGUCUCCCCGCAGAUGGUGCUUGUGCGCGUCGCGGUUGCGAAGAUCGUGGACAAAGACCGUGCAGUCGAAAUCCUCCGCAAUACAGCUAUCGGCCAGGACUCACCCGGGUGGAACUGUGUAUCUUGGGUUCAAGAAGCCCUGGGUAUGCUGAGUCCCGAUUCGCGAGCCCUGGGGGCACGGAUGCCAGACUGGGAGAGGGUGCGUGAUGCAGUGAUGGAUUAUUGCCAACGGAAGAAGGACCAGCAUCGGUUUGAUGGGAAUGGGGAUUUUGAUAUGAGUUUUAUUCCUACGUAUGAUUUGAUGGUGGGGAGGGAAUUUGCUGUUUGA